AUGGCUUCAAAAUUGUUUCUGCAAAGAACAUUACCCGCUUUUCAAAGGGCUGCCUUUAUGCGUACGGCCGCACCAUUUAGCCGCAGCUUCUCUUUUACUCCCAGAAGCUUGAAUAAUGCUGAACCCCCCAAGAGAACCCCUGCUGAUCAAAAGGCUGCUCAACUUAUCAAUGCUGCUCCUUCUACCUCUUUGUUGACCAAGUCUGGUGUUCUGACUGUUACUGCUGCUGCUCUUGCUACUGCUAUCUCCAAGGGCAUUUACGUUGUUAACGAAGAAACUAUUGUCGUUGCUUCUUUCCUCGGUCUCUUGGGUGUCUUUGGUACCCUUGGCCGUAAGGCUUACAACGAGUGGUCUGAAAAGACAAUAAACAACAUUGCCAAUAUUUUGGAAACUUCUCGUGAAGGCCAUAAAGACGCUAUCCAGGAACGCAUUCAACAAGUUACUGGUCUCCAGGAUGUUGAAGACGUCACCAAGCUCUUGUUCACCACCUCCAAGGAUACUGCUCGUAUGGAAGCCGAGAUUUUCGAACUUGAGCAACAAGUUGCUCUGUCCCACCAAGCCAAAUCUGUCUUAGAUAGCUGGGUCAACCAUGAAGCUUCCAUCCGUGCUGAUCAACAACAGCGUUUGGUCUCUGAAGUUUUGGGCCGUGUCGACAGCAAGGUCUUGACUCAAAAGUUCCAACAAGAGGCUUUGAACGAGAGCGUUGGUGAGAUUGAGAAGGUUCUGGCUACCGCUUAA